CGCAUGCGCAUAGUCAUCCCAAUCCAAGAUGGUGGAUUUGUUUUGGGUGAAAAUGUCGACAUUCUGGUUCCAUUUAACCCUUUAUUCCUCAUAGAUAUGGAUAAACCAAACAUACAGCUGUCUACAUCGAUAUCUCCUAGUGCUUUGGAUUCGUUUUCUUUGYCUUCAGGGAAUCAAGGAGAGAUUGGAGGCGCGUCUCUUUUUCCUUACCUCGACCAGAUGUCUAGUCUACAUCAAACACCCUUGGACAAUAACGAUGAAGAAAUGCCAAAACCUGACCUUACAGCCAGGACACUACUUGAUGCUGCAGAGAAAGUGCUAAUAGCUGAAGGAGGAAAAUUACACAUCAAAGAUUUAGAAGAAAAGAUGGUGGAAUAUGGCCUUAUACCUCAAAGUGCCAAAUCUCUUGCCAAUCUGGAGUCAAUCCUCUAUAAAGAAACAUUUAAUGAUCAUUCAAAGUUUAAAAGAAUUGAAGGUCGUUUAGGAUGGUUUGCCCUUCUGGAUGUUGAUGUUGAUGAUAUAGAAUCAGAUGGCAGCUCAGAUUCAGGAGAAGAUCAGUCAGAGAGUAUGGAUAACUAUAGUAUUAAUGCAUCACCAAGAUCAAAGGUAGUUAAAGCAAGCAAUCAUCAUGACUACAAAAGCAAGUACUACUCUUUAAGAAAAAUGGUCAAGGAACUCAUAUUUUUAAAUGCUGCUGCGUGUGACGAUGUUACAAGAACAGAAGCCAAGUUGACAAGAGCUAAAGCAGAAAGAAAGUUCUUGUUGAAAAGGCUGUUUCAGUACCAAGCUGCUACAGAAGCAGGUGUCUUACAGCCCCAUGGUAUUAGUUCCUUACCUCAAGAUGCACCUGCACCAAUAAUGUUCCCUGAUGUCCCCUUAGAAAAACACAAACCACAAACUAAAAUGAAAGUCAAAAAAUCAUUAACAAAAGGAAAAGAAGAGAAAGGAAAUGCUGUUAAGGGACUAGGGCAGCAUUUGAAGACUAAGAAUGCACUACAGGCAAAACUAACUUCUCAAGCAAGAAACCUUGCAAAGCUAGCAGUACAACAGAAAGCAUCUGGAAGCAGCAAGCCUGUGGCUCAAAACAAAUCUCCUUCACAAAACAAGACAACAGCAGCAGAAAAAGAACCAGUACAAGCUAAAACAGUAACACAAGCCAAGCAAGUAGUACAAAACAAAACUACCCAGCCACCAAAGACUGCUAUACAGUUAACAGAAGUUCCUCCUAUACCCGGUGCUAAGGAUAAGAAAACUGACAAACCAAAGACUUCAAGACCAAAAUCUAAGAAACCAAAGAUGUCUGUAAGUCCACAAGCCACACCUGAUGCUACUGCCCCAGCACAAGCUGGUGAAUCUUCAAAACCAAAAAGAAAGAAGCCAGGCACUGCAGUCAAAAGGAAAGUACAACCAAUCCCAGUGGAUGCUAAAGGAAAGCCUAUAUUCCCUAUAAUAUUGGGUGGACUGACAGUGCACAGUCUUGGUGAGAUAGUCUGGGACAGACCAGGAUUUCACUCAGAACGAUACAUAUGGCCAGUAGGGUACUGUAGUUCGAGGACCUACCCAAGCAUAAGAGACCCUGAUAAAAAAUGUCUUUACACGUGCAAGAUUCUGGAUGGAGGAUUUGGACCACAGUUUGAGAUGUGUCCUGAAGAUGACGCAGACCAUCCCAUCAAUGCAUCAUCUGCUACAGCUUGUCACUGUGUUGUACUAAAAACCCUUAAUAAAGCCAGAGGACGUGAUGCUUCCAAUACUGGAUCAGGGCCAGAGUUCUUUGGCUAUUCUCAUCCAACUAUUCAAUACCUCAUUCAAAACCUGCCAGGGUCUAAAAAAUGUAAUAAGUACCAGUGGGUCAAGUUUGAACUACCAAAACCUCAAAGCAAGCAAGAAAGAAAUAGCAAAACACCAACAACACUAGAACCACAUCAAAGAUCGUGCCUGGGUGGCAAGCUAACAUCUGCGUGCAGUCUUUCCAUGGAUAAUCAAGACAAUCAGUUCUCUCCACCUCAAGAACCCAGGCACUUAUCGUCGUCAUCCAGCCAGGAAGGACUGGGACUGGGUGAUGACAGCAUACCGAUGGAUCAGGAUGAUAGUAAUCUAACAUUACAGUCAACCGCUAUGUCUGAUACUGAGGAUAACAUAUUCGAAGAUAUUGGGAUUCCUACGUCACUAGGACCGCUGACCCUUGCAUCAUCCAGCGCUACGUUAUCCUCACAACGCAUUCCCAGUCCCCUCUCACCUACAAGUCAGCUGACUGGUAUUGGGGCUGAGAACGAUAUUGAUCCAGAUAUGGGUCCAUUGAUGUCGUCACCUACAAGUAAUAGCUUCUCUUCAACAUUGCCAAUCACCUUGUCACCUCCCUCUCUCACAUCACCUUCCUCCACUGCUACAGGCAAUGGCUCUUUUGUCAUUCCUCCAACAUCGCCAUUGUUCGGUAACAGUUCGGGAUUCUCGUCAUCUGUGCUUCCAGACUUACCGAAAUAGAAUGACUAUAUAAUUCAGUCAUAACGAACGCUGCCCGAACGCCGCUCCAUAGUAGUUCGGGAUUAUCCUUCAUCUUUACUUCUUGACUAACCAAAUAGAAUGACUGUAUAACUCAGUCAUAACGAAUGCUGCCCGAGCGCUGCUCGCUAGUAGUUCGGGAUUUUCCUUCAUCUUUACUCCUUGACUUAUACCAAAUAGUUUAGACUGUAUAACUCAGUCAUAACGAACUCAGUCAUAACGAACGCUGCCCGAGCGCUGCUCGCUAGUACUUCGGGAUUCUCCUCAUCUUUACCCCUUGACUUACCAAUAUAGUAUAGACUGCAUAACUCAUUCAUAACGAACGCUGCCCGAGCGCUGCUCGCUAAGAUGUAGAGAGGAAGACGAGCAUUAUGAUGACGUUGAAGUCGAGAAAAGAAAGGGAGCCGACAACAUAACGAAAGGAUAAACACAAGUAUAUUGAGAAGGAAUGUAUCAUUUGUUAUUGCGCUAAACCAAGAAAGAAAAGAAAUACUAUAAUAAGCUAACACCGAAUUGUAAUGGGAUGACUCAGCUAAAUGAAUAAGCAAUGCAAAAGUUUAAAGGCUCAAUUGGGCUUAUCCUUUCUCCAGCAGGUCUAACUUGAAUAAGAACAAGACUUUACAGURAGGACAAUUAAUAUUGAUCAGCGUUGCUAUACCAACCAACUGUUUGGUUUUGCUAAGUAUACGUUUGGAUUCGCCCAUGGUCAAAUAUACUAAACUGACUAUUUGGCCAUAAAUGGUGUCUAUUGUAGAGAAGGUAUCUAUACUUAGAGCCGUGAUUUUUCUCAAACAGCGAGACAGUUUCUAGUAGUUAGUGUAUAUAUAAUAGUCAAAUAGACGAUUAAAAAAAACAAUAGUAUCGAC